CUCCCAAGUCCACGGAGCUGGGAUGUAUCCGUCCCUGAGAGGGUGUAUUGUGUGAGGGCAGCAUGGCUCAGCUGGGCAGCUAGUCACUGACCAGUCUGCCAGGUCUCUGUUUCCGGAAGUUGCAGACUGAAGAUAUGUAUACAUAGGUGACAGUGCAUAGAUCUGCUGUAUACCCUAAGUGUCUGGAACGUUAGCAACGGGUAAUGAUAUGUUGGAAAGUGAACAAACGGUGCCAUACCGUCGCCUGGAAGCUGCUGCACAAAAGUUUGCAAAGGUGGUUAUUCCAACAGAUUUGGAAAGGUUGAGGAACCAUCAGAUAAAUAUUGAAAAGUAUCAAAGGUGUAGAUCAUGGGAACAGUUGCACAAGGAGCAUAUCAAUGCCAGACGUACGGUGCAGCAACUUCAGGCCAAUAUGCAAGAUAUGGAAACACUUUUUCUAAAAGUAAAGAAAGAAGAUAUCCAGGCCUUGUCCAAAGUACUACAACCAGUAAAAGUUACGGCUUUGGCAUCAAUUAGGGAAUUUUUAGAGAUUCACUCGAAAUCAGUUGAAGAUUUACAUGAAAGAAAUGUCUUUGAUGUGCCAAAUAAUUUAGCAACCAAAGAGCCUUCUUGUGAAAAUAGUCCCUCAAUUCAACUCGAUGCACAGUUCAUUGAAAUUCAGUAUCCAAAUGCCUCAGAAUCAUGGAAUACACUGGAAAAGGAUUUAUUGGACUUGAAUGAAAUUAUAAAUGAAUUUUCUCAUAUGGUACACGCGCAGCAGGAGAAGAUUGACAGCAUUGAAGACCAUGUCAACACUGCUGCUGUGAAUGUCGAAGAGGGAACCAAGAACCUGGGGAAGGCAUUGAAAUACAAGCUGUCACUGCUUCCUGCAGCAGGUGCACUCAUUGGUGGAAUAGUUGGGGGGCCUAUUGGCUUGUUGGCAGGAUUUAAAGCAGCUGGAAUUGCAACUGCAAUUGGUGGUGGACUUCUAGGCUUCACAGGAGGAAAAGUUUUACAAAGAAAAAAAGACAUUGGAAGAGAGAAUCUAUCAAGUAUAGAAUACCAUCCACUGGAAGAAAAUAAAUCAACAUGAAACAUUUAUGUAUAUUAAUUUAAAAGGAACCUGUCACCUCCAAAACACAUUUUAAACCGACAUUAUUAACUUGCAGUAGCCCCUGGCGCAUGCGCAGAGAGAGGAAAGCGGCCGGCUGAGUGCGGGAGCCAAAGACGGGAUCUUGCAAUGACAAGGAGCGCACCGCGCAUGUGCGAGAGAUGCAUGAUCCCAGCCUCACAGCAGGAUGUCAAUCACAGUGAAGAGAGGACGGGUAAGGGGCAGGUUUAGCUUGACUUGAAGCAAGGAGGCCGCUGCACUUUACAAACUGUUGACUCUGAGAAUUGCAAAAACACAGAUUAAAACAGCGUUUUUAUAAAGUAUAUAACAACUAGUGAUAGAAUGAAAAACAUGAUUAGGAACACACUGGGGGGCUACUGUAAGGUAAUGAUGUCGGUUUAAAAUGUGUUUUGAAGGUGACAGGUUCCCUUUAAAGCUUCAUAAUAGGUUUAAUCAGAAAUAAGACUGAUUCUGUAGGCGUUUGUGAUGAUUUGUAUAACAUUUGUCUUUUUAUUUAGCAAAUAACAUUUUCAGACACAUUUUUAACAUUAUUCAUAGUAAUAUGCAAAACAUAUUUCAUCUAAAUAUAUAUAAUAUAAGUCUGCCAUCCAUGGUUCAAAUGUGAUCUCUUAAAUGCUGAAUUGUUAAAUAAUAAAGAACACUGACUUUUAAGAUGCUACAUAGGGUUGUGACCUGCAUAUGAUAGUGGCUCUGGCUUAAUAGCUGAGCUCUGCUGCAGUAAAAAAGUCACCACAGUGCAAUCUGCAAGUGGCAUGUUAUAGAGCAUGAGACGCUUAACAGAUGGAUAUAUAUUUGGGAAAAUAUUCCGUUUUUCUAUAUUAACCACUUCAGCCCCGCUAGGUGAAACCCCCUUCAUGACCAGGCCACUUUUUACACUUCGGCACUACACUCCUUUCACCGUUUAUCGCUCGGUCAUGCAACUU